GUCACCUUCAGCGGGCUUGACGAAUGCAUCAAUGCAAACCUCUCCGGAAACACACUCCAUUAUACUCGAAAUCAGCUCGCAGAUAUCCUGGAUGCCAUCGAGUACCGCAUCAGGGACGGUUAUCCACCAAUUUAUGGUCUGAAAGAGUACAUGUGGCUUCCAGAUCAUCUUAUGCAGCGACAGGAAUUCUGCCACUGCGUGGAGUGGGUCUGGGUGGUUAUCUGGCGGUAUGCGGAGAUUGGCUAUAUCGAGACGCUCUCUACGGACGGAAUUCCAUUUGACAAAAUACUGGAUCACCUGCUUGAACGCCAGUCCAAUGCUAUAAUCAGUUCUGGAACCGGCCGCCUACUUGAAACUGGUACAACUCAGGGUCCCUCUGGUGGUGAAGAUAGCAAUUAG